AUGGCUGCUCGUCGUCGAGUACGAAACCUGGAAGAUUUGAACGAAAACAACAAUGAGAGGGGUUGUACAUUCGAGCAAUUUAAUAGCACUCACCCACCCACCUUUGAUGGAAGAGGCGAUUCCAAUGUAGCCGAGGCUUGGAUUCAAAACAUCGAAGAGAUAUUCAGUGUUUUGGAGUGCACCGAUCAUCAGAAAAUUCGAUUUGCAACUUUUAAAUUGAUCGGAGAAGCGAAGAGAUGGUGGAACUCUGAGAGAGCUAUCAGAGAAGCUGAUGGAACUGGAGUAGUGAGCUGGCCUCACUUUAAGCAAAACUUCUUCGACCGCUUCUUUCCGAAAACCGACCGGGAAGCUAGAGCCCGAGAGUUUACUAACUUGGUGCAAGGGACCUUGACGGUACGCCAGUAUGCUGCAAAAUUUGCAGAGUUAUCGCGCUUCGCCCCAUAUUUGAUUCCCGAUGAGGAGAAGAAAACUCAGAGGUUUGAAGAAGGUUUAAAUCACAGAAUCUACGAACGGGUUAUGGUUCUACAAAUUCAAAACUUUUCAGACUUGGUACAUAAAGCGAUGCUAGUGGAGCAGAAUCUUAAGAGAAGCACUAAGUUGCAGGAACAUAAAGAGAGAACUACUUCGCAUGGAUCCUCUAGUAUAGAUCAAGAGCCAUGGAAGAAGAGAAACAAAGGUAGCAACUCAGACCAGAGAAAGGUGCGGGACAAUCAACGGAAUAACUUCUGCAGGUCAUGCAGCGUAGUACACUUUGGGGAUUGCAGAAGGAGAACUGGACGGUGUUUUCGAUGUGGGAAGCAUAGCCACCUUGUCAGAGAUUGUCCAAGGCAACCAGAUGGGAGCAUGAACCCCAACCCAACUCAGAGGACUGACUUGGCUGCACGAGGCAAGAACCAACGCAACGCAGUGUAG